UUCUGCAACCUUGACCGGAGCAACAAAGCUACGACCUCCUAAGGAUCGCCCAACAACGACAAAUACUAACAAUAGCAGGGAAACUACACCCACUUGACACCUCGUUCGCUUAUGGACCUGGUGAACUCCAACACACAGAGGCUCUCCUAUUCCUAGCUCAAGAUGUCGGAAGGUGACAACAAGUACGAAGUGCUUGAAAAGAUCGGCCAUGGCUCCUUCGGAGUCAUCCGAAAGGUCCGGAGGAAGGCAGAUGGCAUGGUCCUCUGCCGGAAGGAAAUCAGCUACCUCAAGAUGUCCCAGAAGGAGCGCGAACAGCUCCACGCAGAGUUCCAGAUCCUGUCGACCCUCCGCCACCCCAAUAUUGUUGGCUACUACCACCGAGAACACCUCAAGGCAUCCCAGGACCUCCACCUAUACAUGGAAUAUUGUGGCAAUGGAGACCUGGGCCGAGUGAUCCGGGACUUGGCACACAAGAAUCAAUAUGCAGAGGAGGCCUUUAUUUGGAGCAUAUUCUCCCAGCUUCUCACCGCUCUAUACCGAUGCCACUAUGGGGUAGACCCCCCGGAGGUCGGGAAGACUUCCCUUGGCCUGGGAGUUACGGCCAAGCCCAAACCACCGGCGGGUGGGAUGACCAUUUUGCAUCGCGACCUCAAGCCAGAGAACGUGUUCCUGGGAGAGGAUAACUCGGUGAAACUGGGGGAUUUCGGCCUCGCCAAGAUGAUCCAAUCGCACGAUUUUGCUUCAACUUACGUUGGCACCCCGUUCUACAUGUCCCCCGAAAUCUGCGCCGCCGAGAAGUACACAUUGAAGUCAGACAUCUGGUCACUUGGCUGUAUCAUCUACGAGCUGUGCUCUAGAGAGCCUCCAUUCAACGCCAAGUCCCAUUUCCAGCUGGUGCAGAAGAUCAAGGAAGGCAGAGUCUCUCCGCUGCCGCCGAUGUACUCGCCCGAACUCAUGGCAGUCAUCAAGGACUGCUUGCGAGUCAAUCCCGACAGGCGACCGGACACGGCAACGUUACUGAACUUGCCUGUUGUGCGACUCAUGCGGAAAGAGAAGGAGGUUGCCGACUUCAACAACAUUCUGAAAGCGAAGGAAGAGGCAAUGAACAAAAGGAUGCGGGAACUCGAGCAGAAGAUCUCUUCGAUUGAUGCCGACAAGGUCUACAUGCGCCAAGAGAUUGAUUCCUCGCUGCGACGGGAAUGGGAAGUCAAGGCACGACUCGAGAUCGAUCGCUUGGUUAACCAGGAGGUCGAACAGCUCCAAAAGAAGUUCGAGCACGAGGUACAAUCCCGUGUCGAGGCAGAAUUGCUGAAUCGGAAGAAGGCCAUGGCUUUCCCAGAGGAUGAGCCGCCAGAGUUGUCUUCCUCGCUGUCCAAAUCAGACUACCCAUAUUCUUCAGUCGGUGGCGGCAGUGCCGAUGGAGACUUCCCCUCGACCACCGAUAUCACCGAACUAUCUGUGGAUUCCCCCGAUACUUCAUCUCACGGCCUGAAGAAGAGUGCUAGGACGCCCUUUACCAGGGCGCAGACCAUGUUCUCCGCUGCGCCAGCCGCGGGAACGCCCAUGGACAUCGAGAUGGCGUCGCCGUCGCCCAUCACGAUUGCGUCUCUGUCCCUCUCUCCCCGCCGAAACGCAGCCACCAAGGUCCCCGCAACCAACCCGUGCAACAUCUUCACGGAGAACCAGGCAGCUGGCGGCGGCGACCCCCGCUGGGAAGUGACCCGAGAUCUAGCCGGCCUUGGCUCGGACUCGGAAUGGGACGACGACAUCCCGAUCCCGUCCCCGACCCGGAUGAUCAAAUCCAGCAAGAACCCCUUCACCAGCAAGCAGCGGCCGACCCUCCACGCCCAGAAGUCGGUGCCCAUCCACCGCCUCCAGUCGAAGCAGACCAUCCUCGGCCCCCAGUCCAAGACGAUGGGGAACCUCCCAACCGUGGUCUCGAAUCCAGACCUCCUGUCCGCCGGCCGCGCUGCGGCCGCCAACGCCAACGGCGCACUGCGGUGCAACAGCCCGAACAGGCGUCUCAGCAAGAUCCCGUCCAGCACAAACCUCAUCGGCGCCGCCGCCACCGCCGCCAACAGCAACGGCAACAACGGAUCCGGAUCCGGAUCCGGCGGCAGCGAGGGGCCUACACAGAAGCGCAAGACCUCCCUCACCAAGAAGGACGACGCAGACCCGGCCCCCCCGCAGCAGCAGCCGCCGGCUCCGGCUCCGGCUGCUCUGAACAAGGUGUCGGGCAAGAGCAACAACAUCAAGGGCCGCACGCUGGUCGAGCUCCAGCAGGCGCGAGCGGGCGGGCGCCCCGUCAGCGUCGUCGGCAUGGCGGGCGAGAACGUCAACGCCAACUUCAACAACAUCAACGUCAGCCCCAAGCGGGCGUUCCGAGAGCACGCCGCCGGCGCCAACCGCGGAGCCGGCGCCAUGGAGCCGGCCGCCGUGUGGGACCCCGAGAGGGACGAGAUGCCCAGCCCGUUCCUGGUCCGCCGCAAGGCUGUUACUCGGUUCUAAAAGGCCGGCCUGCAAACAGCAUGUCGGCCCGGUUU